AUUUGGUGAAUGCAUCUAACUCUUAUUUCCAGCACUGUUUUGUUGUGAUUUGUGAUCUUGAGAUAUUCUACAAGUACUACUAUAUGUUAUCUAUAUGCGCACCUUGGAAAAUAUAGUAAUAUACUAGUUCUUGUUUUGUAGCAAACGAGAUGUGGCAUCCCGUGAUUCAUGUGAUCUGUGAUUGUGGUCCAUUUGUUUCACAAUGUGCUACACAUACAUUCUUCUAAGUUAAUUCAAUUUGUAUUAUUCCCUGCCCUUUUGCUUUGAUUAUGAUUCUUCGCUCCCUUCAGUGUCAAAUAUAUUUGUCAUAUACCAUGCUAUUCUUUAUUUAUUUCUCCUUCAUUAUUGUUUUCUCAUAUCACAUGUACCUAGUGAUAUUUAGAGUGGUAACCAAUGCACACACACACAAGAUUCCAUCAGUAUCUUACUAAAAAGCCAAUGCAGGCAAAAAUGGGGAAAUUUGCAAUGGGGCUUCUACUGAUGUGUUGGUUGGGAGGCAUAGCAGAUGCGGAGUACAAACUGUACAAAGAUCCUACAAAGCCGAUGAAUCGAAGAAUCAAGGAUUUGAUGGGGAGGAUGAGCUUAGAGGAAAAGAUAGGGCAGAUGAUGCAAAUUGAACUAGCCGUUGCAUCACCCCAAGUUAUGAAGGACUACUACAUAGGGAGUGUGUUGAGUGGUGGAGGGAGUGCUCCAGGCCCGAUGGCGCCCCCCGAGAAAUGGGUCGAUAUGGUGAAUGACAUCCAGAAGGGCUCGUUGUCAACCCGUCUUGGCAUUCCGAUGAUUUAUGGGAUUGAUGCAGUUCAUGGACACAACACUGUUUACAAUGCUACUAUUUUCCCCCACAACAUUGGGCUUGGUGCUACUAGGGACCCUGAAUUAAUAAAGAAAAUUGGAGCUGCCACUGCACUUGAACUUAGAGCCACAGGGAUUCCCUACACUUUUGCACCUUGCAUCGCGGUCUGCAGGGAUCCGAGAUGGGGCAGGUGCUACGAGAGCUACAGCGAAGAUCCAAAGGUUGUGAAAGAAAUGACUGAGAUCAUAGUAGGACUUCAAGGAGAGAUACCUUCUGAUUCUCGCAAGGGUGUUCCUUAUGUCAAUGGGCAAGAUAAGGUUGCAGCAUGCGCCAAACACUACGUUGGCGAUGGUGGGACAACCAGAGGCAUCAACAUGAACAAUACUGUGACGGGCAUGCACAGAUUGCUUAGCAUCCACAUGUCUCCCUACGAUGAUUCCAUAAUCAAGGGCGUCGCAACUAUCAUGGUGUCCUACUCAAGCAUCAAUGGAGAAAAGAUGCACGCCAACACAAAUCUCAUCACUGGUUUUCUCAAGAAAACAUUACGCUUCAGAGGAUUUGUGAUCUCGGAUUAUAAGGGCAUAGACCUGAUAACUGAUCCGCCCGAUGCUAACUAUACAUAUUCGAUACUAGCAGGAAUCGGGGCUGGCAUUGACAUGGUGAUGAUCCCGCUUAACUAUACUGAAUUCAAGAAUGGACUAACUAGUUUAGUCAGAAGCAAGUCCAUUCCGAUGAGGCGGAUCGAUGAUGCUGUCAAGAGAAUUCUCAGAGUGAAGUUCACAAUGGGGCUUUUUGAAAACCCGAUAGCUGAUUACAGCAUGGCUCACUAUGUAGGCUGUGAGGCACACAGGCAACUGGCAAGAGAAGCAGUGAGGAAAUCUCUAGUCCUAUUAAAGAACGGGGCGGGUGCAGACGAGCCCCUGAUACCGCUUCCUAAGAAGGCGUCAAAGGUGCUGGUAGCAGGGUCCCACGCCCACAACCUCGGAUACCAGUGUGGCGGUUGGACUAUCGAGUGGCAGGGGAAGGGCGGCAACAUCACUUCAGGCACCACCAUCCUGAGUGCGAUAGAAAAUACAGUUGACCCAGACACGGAGGUUGUGUACGUGGAAAGGCCAGAAGCUGCGUACGUGAAAUGUAGCAAGUUCUCGUAUGCGGUGGUGGUGGUGGGAGAGGUGCCGUAUGCAGAGGGGAGUGGGGACAGCUUAAACUUGACGCUGCCGGAGUCAGGGUAUAGUGCCAUCGAGAGCGUGUGUGGGGCUGUGAAAUGUGUGGUGGUGCUGGUGACGGGGAGGCCGGUGGUGAUGGAGGCGUAUAUGGCGCAGAUUGAUGCGCUAGUGGCGGCGUGGCUGCCGGGGAGUGAGGGGCAGGGUGUUGCUGAUGUUUUAUACGGAGUGCAUGGUUUUAGUGGGAAGCUUCCACGGACUUGGUUCAAGAGUGUUGAUCAACUUCCUCUCAAUGUGGGUGACACCCCUUAUGAUCCGCUCUUUCCCUUCGCUUUCGGGCUUACUACCAAGCCCAACGCUACAGCUGCAGGGCAUUGAAAUAUUUGGAUACAAAUAUAUGAUGCUUCUCUAUACUUGUGUGCUUGGAUGCUGUAAUUUAUGAUGGCCCCAAUAAAAUCUAACCAUUUUUGUGUGAA